CGGCGUUUCUCCGCAGCAAACGCAUCGCGUGAAACAGUGAAAGUGCUCUAAAUAACCUAAAAAUUACAUCAAACUUGUGACUUGUAUUUUUCCCGCCAUUUUGAGGUUAUAAAGUGACAUAAGGGUUUACAAAGGAGGAUCCAAAUCGCGCACAACCGUCAAUGUGAAAUCUGCCGCCAUGCCUGUGCUGCAGCGGCACGGGAAAUGGAUGAUACUGUGGUCGCUAUGGGCGGCACAGCUGAUGCGACAACCUAGCGCGCCUGUGAAGGUAUCCAACGGGCUUCUACGAGGAGUCUUAGCGCCUGAUGGCUCUCACAUUGCAUAUUAUGGGAUACCUUACGCAACCACGGAUAGUCGGAAUCGGUUUCAGGGACCGAAACCAGAGCCAAAAUGGGACGGAAUCUUCGACGCUUACAACGAAAAUAUAAGGUGUUCCCAAAGAUUUGGCAGCAACAAAGUGAUCGGUCGCGAAGAUUGCUUGACUCUCAACGUGUACACUCCAAAUAACAAAAACGGGCCUCUCCCGGUCAUGGUUUUCAUCCAUGGAGGCGGAUUCCGGGAUGGAUCAGGGUCACCGUACCUCUACGGACCGGAAUACCUCAUCAAACAUGGAGUUAUAUUAGUAACGUUUAAUUAUAGAGUAGAAAUAUUAGGAUUCCUGUGUCUAGGAAUCAAAGAGGCUCCUGGUAAUGUAGGUCUCAAAGACCAAGUAGCAGCAAUGCGGUGGAUCAAAAAAAAUAUCAGAGUAUUUGGCGGUGAUCCUGAUAACAUUACCAUUUUUGGUGAAAGUGCAGGAGCAGCAGCUGUUGUGUACCACUUGGUGUCCCCGAUGUCCAAAGGACUGUUCAAUAAAGCGAUAAUGCAAAGCGGAUCAGCAAUGUCACCGUGGAGUUUACAGUUCGAACCGCUAAAAAUAGCAAGAUUACACGCAGAACAAAUGGGCUAUCGAAUAACAAAUCCUCACGAAAUUUAUAACGUAUACUUGAAUAAAACACCACAAGUUUUGCUACAAACCCGAGUGCCCAGAACCAAAGGCGACAUAGUUCUCUCAGAAAACAUAUUCGUACCUUGUAUAGAAGAAGAAAUUCCCGGAAUUGAACCGUUCUUGACAGACGCUCCAUAUAAUUUGAUAAUCAAAGGACAUUACCAUAAGGUACCUGUAAUUAUUGGACAUAACAACGCCGAAGGGUACAUGUUUGCUGGAAAAGAAAACGCUAGUACGAUAUCAAAUAUUGAUUUCUAUCAAGCAUUACCAAGAGACCUGGUUUUUCCCUCUGAAAAAGAAAAGGUACAAAUCGCGAACACACUCAGAAAACUCUACCUUGGAGAUAAGAAAAUAUCAAGAGAUACUAUUAUAGAAAUUGCCAAGUAUGAAGGAGAUUCAAGUAUAACGUUUCCUAGUAUAACAACUGCUGAUUUAUUGUCAAAGACUAUGAACGAACCUAUUUAUGCCUAUAAAAUGUCAUACGAUGGAUUGUUGAAUUUCGUUAAAUUGCUUUAUGGGUUCUCGAAGUACCCUGGUGCGACGCAUGCUGACGAACUGUUCUAUAUGUUCAAGUUGCGAGUGACACUGGUAUUCACGUUUCCAGAGAUGGAAUUCAUAAAUAAGUUGACCACGUUGUGGACUAAUUUUGCUAAAUAUGGCGACCCAACACCAACCACAUCAGAUCUCAUACCAAUAAAAUGGGAACGUUUGAAGAAAGAUGAUCCGAAGGCCAUGGAACUAAACAAGAAGUUAAAGAUGGUGCCUCUGUGGUAUGAAGACACGUUGAAAUACUGGGACGGAGUUUACGCGAAAUAUAGGAGAUUAAAAUGAAUAAAUUCCAAAAUGUACUAAUAAAUACAGGUGCAGUCUGUGAUAGAAGCUAGACUGGAGUUAAGGCGUUGUAUUGUUAAGUAUGAAAUAAUAGUUGCUAGCGAAAAUAUAAGAAAGGAUAUACAAAUAUAGAAGAAAGUAUUGUUGCGGAUGAUAAACGGGCAUAAACAUUUAAAUUAUAAGAAUCUUCUAUUCUAUUUAACAACACAAAGAUUUGUACAGAUCUUAAUAUCUGACUUUUGAAACAUGACGUCAUUAUAUACAGUCGUCUUAUAAAGUUGGGUUAAACAUUGUUGUCGUUCCUGCGUUCGUUUAAAAUGUAAUUUAGGAUAUUUUAAAAUAAAUCCAUCGAUAACGCUAUUGUAAUAAUAUUAAUAAGUACUGGUGCUGCAACAGUUGUCACAAUUAAUGCUGUAUACUACUAUUACCAAUAUCUAAUGUAAAUAUUUGUCAACGUGCUCCUGAGGCCUUAGACAACUUGAAAAUGGGGAUUUUUCGCGGCCUUCGCCACAUAGUUAAGUGUGUAUAGAUUAUUUGAUCCACGAAGACGCGCCUCACUACUUUCCCUGAUCACUGACAAUGUGCGUGAAUUUACACGCGCACUACCAUGGAUAGCGUCGCGGUAAGGCUUGGAUCUGUUCCUUUACCCUGCAACACCAUGGCUCAAAAAGAGGUAAUGCGCGUCUCCGUGAAUGGAAUGACCUAUACUCCUCGUAGUUAACAAACCACUGCGAGGCCUAAAAAGGCCCGCAAGCUUUUCCCCUCCCCUUUCCCACUCUCCACCGAGCCUCUGUAGUCCCUACGCCAGAGGAACAAAGUAUACCAGUAUCUCAGUUUCCUUCUAUGUUGACUGAAGAAACGCCUACAAAAAAUACAUUUAUCCCUUCGCCUAGAAAACUAUGCGUAUAUUUUACUAUUAUGCCGCGAUGCUUGCCCUUACUAUUAAGAAUUAUAUUAAUAUUUUGUACGUAUAUAAUAAAGCCCCAUUUUCACUAUCAUAAUUUAAUUUAAAAACGUGCAUAAUUAAUAUUGAAUAAAAAAUACACAGAUUAACACCAGUUGCAAUUAACAACUAAGCAGUUUAAUUUAGAUCGUAUUGCUAAGAAAAUAAAUAUUGAACAUAUUCUAGUUUGCUUUUUGCGGUUUGUACACACGUAUAUAAAAAUAUCUCAGCUUUGCGAGCUAAGCUAAACUAAUUUAUAUUAGUUUUUUGUCUACAAUCCUCAUAAUAAGUUAUGCACUAUUUGUAAUUUUCCCAUGUAUGCGGGCUCAGCAAGACUAACUUAGCUUGGUUCCGGUCUGCAAUCCGCAUAAAGCGCGCCGUUCGAAAUGAACAAAUAAGGCAGCUUCAAAAGAAAAUACAAGCAGCAUCUUUGCGGUUAUGCGAGCUUAUUUCUCGGUACAAUCACCACCCCGCUUGAUUUAUACUCUGAUUCAAACUUGCGUCCUUGCGAUGCAUCUAAUUUGAGAUAUAAAGGAUGGCAUAAUAUAUAAACAAGCUUGUUUUUUAAUAUCAAAAUGCAGGAAGAGGUUACGUGUUCCUCAAAACGGUGUCUGUCUCAAUUCCCUUUAUGAUAUUGAAACUGUAUUUUAUACUGGCCCACUGCUGGGCAGCUGAACCCCCGUCUUUUAAGCUUCGUGUGUAUUCUUUCUUAAUUUAUAACUCGGUUUAACAGGGACAAAAACAUCAUGGGAAGACUUACAUACCGAAGAAAUCAUCUCGUGUAAGGAAUUCUUACUUCUUACUAUCGUGCUACUAAUUGGAAGUUUGGUUGUUUGUAAGAAGUAUACGCAGAAAUAGCUGAAUGGAUUUAGACGAAAUUUGGCACACAGGGAGGCUAUGUCUUGGAUUUGGCCCAUGUUUAGCAGUGGACGACCUCCGGCUGAUGAUGAUGAAUUUACUGAUACUUUUUUAAAUAGAUAGGACUGACUUCUUACAUCUGGCGAUAUAAAUUGCUACAGUAUUUUAAUUACUUUUGAAACUAGAAAGGCUUUUCAUGCGGUUAAAACCACAAGCAACACCAAUAUAUAUUUUAUUGUAUUAGUCUUGCAAUACAUCAUUUUAAUAAAAUAAACAAUGAAUGAACAAUAAUAAUAAACCGCGUUAAUCAAAUGCUUGUUAGCGAAACGAUCACGUUUCAAAAUGAUUUCGCCAACACGAGCCGAUGGUUCUCUUUGCCAAACAUAAUUACAGACCGAUUCGUUUACGGUACAGAAUAUUAAUGACAUGUAUUUUUUACUGAAUAACCAAAAUUGUAUGGCACGGCAUUGCUUGCUUAAAAUAACAGUGUUAAUCGAGCAGGAAUUAUUAUUUCUUAAUCUAUGAUUGAUUUGUCUUGUAAUUCAGUUAACGAAUAACAAAUAGAAAAUUCGAAAUUAAUGUCCACCAACUGCGACGAGCGCAAGAAUCGUAGGGCUCAGCCCCUCUUACUACUCCCGUGCCUAGCAGUAGGUCAAUUAAUUGCAGAAACAAUAAUUAUAUGAUUUCCGGACACCUAAUUAUUCUUCCUUAUCCUUUGCAUUGAAUUGAGAGCGCUUCCAUGAUUUUAUUGAUAUUGUAGGCUUUGUAUAUUGCUUUAGUCCAUGGUAAAAAUUUGGUUUCUAUGUCAGAUUCAUCGAUAACAAACACUUGAUUAUAGUUUCUAGACUCUAUUUUAAUCAAUAAAACUGUUAUGUUUA